AUGGGAUUCUUCCCGUCGCAGCUGACGAGGGCCUCGCUAUCGUCAUCUCUGGCCAGGCGGCUGAGGCGGCCUCAUCCAGCUGCCGCGGCUGCGUCGGCGGCGAGAUCCUUAACCACCACUGAGGGUUCUCGCCCUUCCAUCGUCCACAAGCGCAGUGUCGACAUUCUGCAUGAUCCUUGGUUCAACAAGGUACGAGGUGUAAUUGUUGUCCUUUCGGGAUCUCUCCCAUUUUUUAUGGUCCGAAUUGGUCCUGAAUUCCCGUGGGCUUCGUUUUGAUUCCGAUCUUGCUUGCUUCAAAGCGGUGGUCUGUGGGCGCAGCCAGCGGAUUACGAAAAUUUGCUAAUUACUGAAUUCCUUCAAAGUUUUCCUUUGUAUUUCCUUUUUAUUAGAUUUUACUGGAUUGAUUGGUGUGGUUCAAUGGGUCCUGUAUAAAUCUUUCUUCGUUUUGUUACCUGAAACAAAAUGUAGGGUACUGCGUUCACUGUGACAGAGAGAGAUCGUCUUGAUCUCCGUGGCCUUCUUCCUCCCAAUGUGAUGAAUUCCGAGCAGCAAAUUGAGCGGUUCAGUAAGUUUUUGACUCCUAGCUUGUAGUUAAUGUGAUAGUUGUCAGUAAGGGACUACCACUUGGUCGGCAUGACUCCAAGCGUCUUGUUGUAUGUUUUACUUGUUCUCAGCUUUUAGUUCUUCGUUGCAUAGUACUAUCGCCAUUCAAACAAGAAGGACAUUCACCGGGAAGGGAGAGAUUUAUACUAAUAUGUUAUGUAAGAGAAGAGGAUAUAGUGGAACAGUUAGGUGAAGAUAGACUGUGUAAGAGAAGAGGAUAUAGUGGAACAGUUAGGUGAAGAUAGACUGUGUAAGAGAAGAGAGAUUUAACAUAAUAGACUAAUGUGAGAGAAGUGGAUAUGGUGGAACAGUUAAAAGAAGAUAAACAAAAUUAUGUAAGAAGAGAGACAUUUAUGGUAAUAGGCUAUGUAACAGAAGAAGAUGUACAAAACUUUAACACGUUAAAUUGAAUGCAACCAUGAUUAACUCAAAACGUCCUUUUCCCUUUGAGUCACCCCUGAUGCUCACUCAUGCAGAUGGGUACCCCUUUAGAUUAUUCCACGUGGUUAAAAUUGUUGAGCAUGAUCUAAAAUAAAUGAAGAUUAUUUGGGUGAAGUAUUGGUACAUUUAUUUGAAAUAUAGAUUCUUGUUGUUAUGAAAGAGAAUUGGAAACUUGAUAGCUCGAGAUGUGAUGUUGCUCUCUAGACAGUAGAUAUUGCCUUCGUUUCAAAAUCUGAAUUGUUGCUAGUCCCUUAUCGAUAUAGACAAUGACUCUCAUUAGCACAAUGAAGGUAGAUUCUCAUCUGAGUCUCAAAGUAACGUAGGAAGUUUCAUGUUCAUGCUGAAGAAAAAUUAUUAGAAAAGAGAAAAAGAACUUGAAGAACGUCAAGCAUUUUUUUCUUGGGAGAGUUUAAGAUUUACUAGCAUUUUUUUCUAUCAUCCUUGAUGUCUCUUCAGAAUUUACUAUAAAAUGGAGCUUGAUCUCGUUGAUUAAGCUAUUCUUUCUUGAACAGUGUUUGACUUGAAAAGACUAGAAGUGAAUGCAAGGGACGGGGCAAGAGAUACGAAUUCCUUGGCUAAAUGGCGUAUCCUGAACAGACUGCAUGAUCGAAAUGAGAUAAUGUACUACAAAGUAAGUCCAUAUAAUUCUUCCAUUCUAUUGUGCUUCGUUUUUUCACUCAGGGGUGGGAAAGAAUAGUGCAUAUGAUGGUGCGUGAUCACAAUUUGAAUGAACCCAUGCAGGGAAGGGGAAGCUAUACAUCCUCUACAAUUUUCGAAUUUGUUCAUAUCAAUUAGAUAACAAGCGACACAUCAUACAACGGUUUUUUUCCUGAUUUUUUCUAGGUUUUAUCUGAAAACAUUGAGGAAUAUGCACCGAUAGUGUAUACACCCACCGUUGGCCUUGUCUGCCAGAACUACAGUGGAUUGUUUAGAAGACCAAGGGGAAUGUAUUUCAGUGCAGAAGAUCGGGGAGAAAUGAUGUCAAUGGUUUACAACUGGCCAGCUGAUCAGGUUUGUGAUUCAUAUUCAAGCAUUAAAGCCAACCAUGUCUCUACUUAUGUUUACCAAUACUUGUGUACAUGGGCAUGCCUAUUUCUUUUGAAAACAUCUAAUGACCAUGCCUUUCCUAUUAUUUCGUUUUGAGGAGUUUGUCACGUUUGUGGCUUGUUUCUGGCUCAAGGCACUGAGGAGGUUGAACUUCAAUUUGGGAUCUGGUGCUAUUCCAAUCAUUUAGUUUGUCAUCUGGAUUGAUUGAAUAAUGCAGUCUAGUAAUCUGUCUCCUGAGAGAGGCUUAAAGAAAUAUCAUAAGUACUUGAUAGUAAAUAUUUGAAACCAUGACUUUUUUAGAUUUUAAAAGAUUCAUUUAACUAUUAUUCUUGAACUGUUAACGUGAUCUUUAUUAUUGCAGGAAAUUAGGAAAACAAUGGGGAAACUCACUUUUUGUUAUUAUGUCGUUUAGUGGGAUGACAUGUUUACAUGUUAUGGCCUUGCCUGGCCAAUGUAAAUAUCUAUUUACCUUAAUUAUGCUUUUACACAAAGUAGAUGAACAUAUUAUUCUAGAAGACUUACGAUAUCUGAGAAAACUACACUUUUUUUUAAGGUUAUUUUCCUUUGUUUCUUGUAGGUUGAUAUGAUUGUGGUAACUGAUGGAAGUAGAAUAUUGGGCCUUGGAGAUCUUGGCAUCCAAGGAAUUGGCAUUGCAAUUGGGAAACUAGAUUUAUAUGUUGCGGCUGCUGGAAUAAAUCCUCAUAGGGUAAUUUCGUCUUUUCGUGUUUUUACUGAUAAAUUUCAGGUUGUGUUUAUUUAUUUUAUUUAUUAUUAUUCGUUUCUAAUGACAUUUAUUUUGAGGAACGCUUCAUGAUCUUCGUUAAGUAUUGCCAUAUUGCCUUCAUGUUGUUUUAUUGUGUCAAUUCGGAUGUGGUCAAGUGUAGCACUUAUCAGGAAGUUGUGUUUUUCAAAAUGUUGUUGAGGGAAUAAUGACAUGGAUGCUGUGUCAUCUAAAUUGCGUUAUUAGGCGUCACAAACAUGCUCUCAUGUUAGUGUGAAGGCGGACAUUAUUAUAAAUUUGAUUCAAUCGGAAUUUAUUUUGGAUGAAUGUUCUAUGGUAGUCGUUUCCUUCACAUUGUAUUCCUGAUUCAGGUCAUUUAUGAGAAAAAUGGGUGAAUAUUUAGCUUUCUUAUUGUCAUUAUCCCUCAAACAUGAACAUAUAUUUUAUAUUAUUUUUAUAAUAUUAGAAAUUUAUUUUUUACCUUCCGUCAUAUUUAAAUAAUUUAUAAAAUUAAAUAUCGCCCAGGUUCCUUGCUCUGUUGCCAAGGCAGACACACCAUCACUUUGCUCGCCUGAGAAAAUCUUGUUUUUAGAGGAUAAAAUACGUUGCGUACUAGGAUUUGUACAUCAUAAACAACUUUGAAAUAGUACAAUGUGAAACAUUAUAGCUAAAGCCCAGUACAAUCAGUAGUAAAAUCAUCAUGGAAUAUUUCAUGUCUGAUUACGCUUCUCCUUGAAAACUAUCACCAAGAAUCGUGAUCAUGGAUUGAUCUUCGAAACGUCUCUUUCCUAUCUUCACAUGAUUGAAGAAAUCGUGCCAUAUUUGGAAAUAAUUAAGAUUUGAAAUCCUGAAAAAUAACAUCUAGGUAUAUAUGGCCAACUGCCAUAAAGUCAUCCAGUAUUGUUUGGCUUAGUGGAUGAGCCAUAUAAUGCUUUUCUACUAGUUAACCAAGCAAACCUCUUUGCAGGUAUGAUUAUCAGAGAGCAUUCAUUAAUGACUCAUCAGUAUUGAAAAUGCCAGUUUUUCUGUGCAUAUCAUAUGGAGAAAUUCUGAGUUGUUAUGGCUGAAUCAGUAAGGAAUAGUUUCUCAAGUGUUAGUACCACUGUCACAAAUCCUACCGUUUCCCACUAAAUUGGUGUUGUAACUUUUACUUAAAAAGCAUUGCACUGUGGUACAUAAAUACAAAUAAAUUUAUCUCUCUAAAAUACAGACGGGCUAGAAAUAAAAAUACUCUCACAGUUAUGACAAAACAUUGCACUGUGGUGUCAAGUUGUUUGAAGGCUAUGUCUAAAAAUGCAAAAGGACUUGCUGUGUCCUUUGGAAGGACAUUCGGCUGAUUCAGUGCCUUUGGCUAUAUGUUUUCGUUUGCUGCGUGAAUAAUCUAUCUCCAAUGUUUAUCAUAAUAAGUCACUUUUAUAGAUUUUUCACGCUAGUUGCAAUUGGGUAUUAUUUCAUGGACUUUGUAGUUCUCUACUCUUAUCGUGCUGAUGGAUUAGAUAAACCUUGGACUGGCAGGUCGAUACUAACGCCAACUUGGUGUAUUUGUUUCAUCUAUCUUGCAGAUCAGAGAGUUCUUCUGUAUAAUAAUGAUAUUUACUUUUCUUAAGAACCACGAAUUAUCUAACUGCUGUAAUUAACAGUCCAUGUGGAUGCUGAAAUAUUAGUGGAGACAACAUGUCUAAUUUCUGUCCCAUUUGGAUCCUCAGCUACCCAACAUCUAGCCUGAAAUCCUCAGCUACUCAUCAAUUAUCAUGUCUAGAAGCAUGAUAAUUGAUUUUUCAGAAAUUUCUUAAAAUCUAUGUCUUUAAAGUAUUGAUUUCUUUUACAAGUUGGUUGUCAUACUAAUUCACAUUUCAUAGUUUGUUGGCCAUUGAUAAAUGUGUACUUGGUUUUUUUGGUGCUUUAUUGUGUUAUUUCAAAUAUAUACUAACUUUCAGGUGGGCUUUUAUCUUGCAGGUGCUUCCGGUGAUGAUUGAUGUGGGAACCAACAAUGAGAAACUUUUGAAGGAUCCACUCUGUAGGAUUCCUUUGCCAUCCUACAUAAAUAAUCCGUUUUAUUGUUAAGCCUUUAGUAGACUGAUGUGUGAGAUAUAGUUUUUGAUGGUUUAAAAAUAUUAUGUUUAACCAAACUGAAAUUCAGAAUCCUGAGAAAUUUCCCUGGUUUUAAUGAUGUGAAUAGUUUUAACGACUCACAAAAGAAACCUUCAUUAUCAUAGUAGACAUUGCUAUGUUUAGGAUCUAUUUGUCAAAAUCUCUAUGAAAUUUGGAAACUUGCAAAAGCAAGUGUUUGUUGGUGUCCAAAAUUAAAGUUUCUCAAUAAUGGCUGACUCAUUGAAGUUUAUGGAUAUGCCUGAGUAUCUGCAUUGGAUCAAUACCCUCCUCACAUCGGUCAAUAUUGCUGACCUGAUGUAGAUCCUCAAUGGACAUCAGUAGGCCCACGGCUAUGGCAGCCUGCAGUUCUGUUCGGUGGUGGCUCACUUGUGGAUUGCUUCUAUCUGACAGAGGCAAUUUGAGGUUGAAUGGAUUUUCACAACUUUUGAAUCACAUCACCUGUGUGCUCUACAAUUCCAGGCCCGCAAAACAUUCACACUUUUUUUUCCUUUUUUCUGACGGUGGAAAAUGCAUGCCGUUUAUAACUUAGUCUAGCUAUAAAGAAGCCACGUGAAGGUGAACGAUUGCAAAGAUAGAUAUUUAAGUUACCUAGACUUGUAGUCAGUCAUUUUAAGUCCUGCAAUAAACACGUUUCAAUGUUUUCCCCUGACUGCAACAGAAAACGAAAUCUCUCUUCUACCAUUGGUUACAUGUAUCUAACCAUAACGCAAUUCAGCAUUUUGGACAUUUUGCUAGAAGCUGCGAACAAUGGCUUUUCAUAUCAGAAGUCGAUUUUCUGAUAUUUUCUACAUGUAGAAGAUUGAAUAUGCCAAAAAUUGUCUGAAAUCAGAUCUUGGACUGCAACAAGAGCGCCUUGAUGGUGAAGAGUACCUCUCUGUUAUUGAUGAAUUUAUGAGGGCUGUUUUUACACGAUGGCCAAACGUCAUUGUGCAGGUAAUUCGAAUUUGUACUUUCUAUUCCUUUAGAGGUGCAACCUACUACAGUACAGUGACUUGAACUUCCUAAUAGUUUGAAGAUUUUCAAAGCAAGUGGGCUUUCAAGCUAUUGCAGCGUUACAGAAAUACCUAUCGAAUGUUCAAUGACGAUGUUCAGGUCAGAAAAAAAUUCAAGGGCGAUUAUAUUUAUUUUUACUUUUGUGUUUUACGGAUGCCAAUGGUUUAAUAUUACGGGUCUUUUGAGCGGUAGUAUCCUUCUGAUUUAAUUCUCAAUUCCAUGAAAAGAUUGGGCAAGCAAAUGCUACAUGUUGCCUACUUCAGAUACUAACAUGCUAAUAUAUUAUUGAUGUAUUGAUACAUGAUAUCCUGAUUUUGUUUGGAUGAUUGAAAUAAAUAGUUUAUGUUGCCGUGUUAAUGUCUCAGAUGUCUCAAAUAGUUUAUUUGAGCGACAUAGAGCUGAUAAGGGAAUGACUAAAUAAGGGCAGACUGUGGGUAUUUUUUUUAUAGAGGAAUCCAUUUUUUGAAACCGUGAUCCUGGAUUAUCCAGCUGCUUUUGUUCUUUCUCCUUCAAGAAGCUUCAAGAACUUCUGCUCAUUCUUCAGAAUCCUCUUCCAGUCCGACAAACAAUAAAUGUUUUUUUUCUAUAUUUGGGUCUAGUUCCUCGUGCUUUACCUUCCAGUUUCCACUGAGAAAGGUUAUGAUAAUCUUAUUCGUGAAACUUCUUAUGACUGUUUUUUGACAUAUUUAAGAUUUACGUUCUUUCUUGUGGUCAAUUAGACUAUAGAUAAUUAUAAGAUGUUCUUGCAAUAAAUUGGCUAUCUUUAGCAAUCACGGGUUGACCGGAUGUAACAUUGUUUUGCCUACAAUUCAGAUGUAAUGGCUUGAUCGAACUUUUCUUCCCAGGGAACUGCAGGAGUUGCAAUUGCUGGUCUGCUGGGAGCUGUGAGAGCACAAGGUAGACCAAUGAUAGACUUCCCAAAACAGAAAAUCGUUGUUGCAGGUGCUGGAAGGUACAAUAUGAUUCUAUCUUUGCGGCACCAAUUAGUUUCACUUUAGUUGACCGUGCUAGGAUUUGGUUUCAUCAUAUAGCCUUAUUUUCCGCAAAAAGUUGAUGUGUGUCGAAGAUUAAUAAGGAAUUUGGAAUAAAUAAAUAAUGCAAAUGUAACUCACUGUUAAAGCAACACCUAAGCAUUAAUGGAUCUACCACGAACCCACACACCAUUCUAGUACCUGCCAUGCCUCGUCCCAUCUCUUUGCACGCCAUCUCCUCUUCUCUCUUCCACUCCUGAGCUUGCCUUCACCUUCUUCUAUCAACUUUUUGAGGGACUUUGAAAUGACACAAGAAAAUUUCUGCCACUGAACUUAUCCUCAAGAAUAUAACAGGGAUGAUAUUGGGGACACCUCCUACAAGGUCAAUGUUGAGAGCAAGGAGAAUCUAGUUUAAAUUAGCCCUGUAUCUAGAGGAGCAACCUUGAGGAUAGAAGUCGGCAUUAAGAAGUAGAUCAAGUAGAACAACAUCUCUGUCUAGAUUGAUCACCAAACUACGGUGUUCCUUGACAUUGUCCCUUGAGUUGCUCAGGGGCUUGUCAGUGUACUGUAGAUUGACAGACCACUAACUUAGAGAAGCAAUUCGCGGUAAUCAGAGGAUAGGAGAAGGAAAGGUGUGUGAAAAAUUCUAAGAGCGAGGAAGAAGGCUGAUGCUAGGAUGGGGUGUAGUUGGUACUGGAAUGGUGGAAGGUGAGGACUGUGAUAAAAGUGUCAGGCAAAGUCAACGUUGAGGGGUUAUUUGAUUAAAGGUAAUCAAAUUUAAAUCGAGACAGGGGUCUGUUAUUUAUAACAGAUCCAUGGGGGAAGGUUCUAGACAGAGAGCCUUACAUCCCAGGACAGACAGGUGAUGUUCACGUGUUUCUUUGAGUGAACCACGUGAUACACUUCACCCCAACUGCUAACGCAGUAUUUACAUAGUAUUUCAACAGUCAUUAACAUAUAUUGGCCAUUCAUGUGCUAUCAUGGGGAUCACCUGUAGUUAAUUUUUUAUUUAUGAAUAUUUGUUUGUCACUUUGAAUAAGAUCUGCAAUCUCUUGAUUUCUUCAUGAAAACUUCAUUGAAAGUAUUCUUCUGUGUGCUAAUGUUAAUAGGCAGAUGUUUAUUCAAUACGCAUAUUUUAGGGGUGAUAUUUAUUCUAGAUAAUCGCUGAUUGGCCUGUGUUGGGUAUGUUGGGGGCUGACCCAUCUAUAGUUGGUUGAUUCUAGAUGAUGUGGACAGAAAUUGCUGAUCCAAUUCAAUUCACCUUGUUCCCUCUCCAUCUGUCUAGUCUGACAGAGCCAAUAUAGCUGGCUAAAUAGGGUUAGGGAAUUGACAGUUUGAUAGACCAUUCUCAAUGUGGAAUGGGUCAAACUUAGCUAUUCUGUUCAGCUGACUUGCUUCAGAGUAACCUGUUGGUGAGCUGCUACUGUCUUCCUUAGCUCAUCUUUAGUUACGUUGCUAGGUUGUCGUAGGGUUCUAUAUGAUGGCACUGAGUAAGAGCGAACCUUGUUACUGAGCUGGAUAGGAAAUAAUCCAGCUGGCAUUUGUUUCCCAGGGCUCCGGUUUUCUUCUCUUCAUGCUGCCAACUUAUUGAGUGCUGCUUCUAUGAUUAUUCUAGUGUACCACGAUUAUGGCCUUUGAUAACAUGAUCUCUUAUCCUACUCUCGUGGCUCCUAGAUGAUCUCUUCCUACUCUCGUGACAAAUACAUUUUUACAAUCUCAAGUUUUUGUCUUCCAAAAUUUAUGCUUCACUUAAUGUUGAUGGAGAUGGCUUGCCAUCUCAGAUAUUCUUGCAAGAAUUUUGAACGUCUUUUCGCAUUUUUUAGGAUUUAUAUUAUCUUCUCUGAGACUAUUUAUAACUAAGUUUGGACUAUUACAUUCACCUUUAUCUGUAUCCAUGAAUUUUUGGCUGGAAGGUAUUGUGAACUUUUUAUCUUGAAUGCUCUGCAGUAAGCUACAUUUUUUUUCUGUCGUUGAUUUUUCACUUAGCAAUUCAUUCUCUCGAUGUUAAGUGAUGCACACCAGUUUAUUCUUGUGUUUAAUUCAUCACGCUGAAAUGAUUUUUUUAUUAUUUUAGUGCUGGAAUUGGUGUCCUUAAUGCCGCUAGGAAAACAAUGGCAAGGCUUCUGGGGAAUAAUGAAUCUGCUUUUGAGAGUGCUCGUAGCCAAUUCUGGGUUGUUGAUGCCCUGGUCAGUAAUAAAAUAGAUCUUCUUUUUUCCUGGCGCUUGUGCGAAUCUUUUCAUAUGCUAUAUACUCCUUUUUGAUAAUCUAUUGGAUAUAUGAUCUGGAUAUUGAUAUUGAGAUGACUUAUGUAUAUGUUCAAUGACUAUUCUAAAGGAAGAAAGUGAUUUGAAGUAGGACGAAAUUUUUCUCUCAGCAAGUAUUCCACACUAUUACAUUGUCGGAGUUUUUAAUUCAGUAUCUUUAGUUUUAUUUAAUAGUAUUUUAUUUUACCUUACAUGAAUAGAGUUGUCAUAAUUUUAUUUCAUCUUAAUAUAAUUUUUUCUGAGGGGACUGCACAUGAAGCAUUAAAGUGCAUUGGGACACCUUUAUCUCUGGUCAAUCCCAACUCACUUUCUACUUUUCUUCCUCUUUCUUCAUGGUAUAAGAAUCUUGCAUACUGUUUCGAGAUACAGCGGAAGCAAAAAGGUGAAACUGACUUAGCCCUCCUUCGGGCUAUACGCCAGUAUUUAUAUUGACGUAUAAUGGACCUUUUCGGUAUUAUCGAAAGGUCUAAUGAAGGAAACACAGAAAAGGGAAAUACAUCUAACAAGGGGACAGAAAAGGAAAAAUAGAAGAGAAGCCUAAUAUCGAAGGCUUGUUCUGCGUAACACAUACUAUCCACGUCAAAUAUUUUCUUCAUUGGAUUACAUGAAAGAGCAUAAAUUCAUGGCGGGUGGACCCAUUAAUGACUGAUUUCUCUCCCACGGACUGCAAUAGUCCACAGGCGUGAAUAGCGCUUACUGUGUUACCCGAUGUCUUCAAGAGUUAGCCCCCUGACUAGGGGCAUCUAGUUCCCCCCUGCCUCGACUAUUUUUGUCAUGGUGUGUUCCAUAUUUUUCUGUGCCUCUCAGUCCUCAUCUCACUGCAUAGAAUACUGGCACCACGUAGCAUUUUGUGUCUGAAUUGCAUCUCAUGCUCAUGCUUCAUGUCUCAUUCUAGUGUACGUUGCACUGCAGCCUACAGUUUUGUCAUAGACUGCAUUUACUUUCUCUUUUCUUAUCCAUAAUAAAUUUGUGUUCACUACUGAACUUUUCUGUAGUUUUGGGCAUCCCUUGAACUGUAUCAUUUAAAUUUUCAAUUGAAUUCAACCUGUUUAUAUUUCGUAGACUUUUUUUUGAGGAAUGCCAUUCACUUCGAGUCAUAGUAGAGAUUCAAUUAUCAUUCUAUUUUUAACAAUGUAAUUAAUAAAUUGUGCAAUUUUUCAGGGCCUGAUUACUGAAGACCGCUCAGAUAUCGAUCCUGAGGCUUUGCCAUUUGCUAGAAAGGUUAGAGAGGCAGACCGUCAAGGUUUAAGGGAAGGAGCGAACCUUGUGGAAGUGGUAUGCCUAUUUAUAACAAUGACUGUUCUUUUAUGUCAUAGUUUUUCUCCUAACCGCUGGAUGUUGUCAGUGGAUACUUUAUUUCCUUUGUUUUAUCACACAUGAACAUGUACUUUGAUAUAAUCAAUUUGUGCCCCUUAAAUGUGUGGGAGAGUGUUACCUAAUGGUAUGCAUGCAGGUUUCUCAAGUACGAUUUGAUCUUUUGCUGUUCGAUCCCAAAUGACUUACUAACUGAUUAGUACGAGACAAUGUGAGCAUAUUGGGCCUGGCAUUCUGAUGGAUACCUGCUAAUAAUAAUACUCCUUUUUCUUACAUUCUACCUAAAUCUGAAUCAGGCUUUUCCCUAUUUUAGAUUGAUUUUUUGGCUAGUUCCACUGGAAUUUGAUAAAUUUAGAAUCAAAGUGAACACAUUUUAGUCAUAACUUGUUAGUCUCACUUUUCUUUUAUGGUAUCAAAUUGAUAUAGUGAUCUAUAUUUCAGAAUGGAGAUUGGGUUCCCCGUUAUGGAGAACGCCCUGAUGACUUCCCAUGACCAAGGCUCAAGGGCCUUUGCAAGGGGUGUCACAGCCUUCUUCUGGCAAAACAAUACUCGUUUUAGAUAAUUGUUUGGGCGAAGCAAUGGUUCCAGGGGAAGGGAUAUUGGAAGUAAAAGUAGUGAGUAAACACGGAUUGGUUAGAAUCGAGAGUUUGCUGAGGUCCCUUCUAUGCCACUGUUGCACGUGAUUUUCUUAGGAUCAUUGGCUGAAAAAUGUGUCGUUAAACCUCACAAGGUGACCUGGGCGCGCACGACAUCCGGGUGAAUUUAUGAUUAUGCUCAGCAAAGCUUCAUAACCCGGCUAGGUAUCUAACAUUAUAGUUGUCUUGUGGGUUUUCAGCAAUCGCAACAAGCGUUGGACAAUUUUUUCCAGUUCGUAUAUAAUUAUAUUGCACAAGAAAAGAUCUAGGAACUUUUAUUCCUGCAGUCCGAUUCAAGUUAUGAGUUAGGUGGUUUGACCCAGAUGGAUGAGCCAAAGUAUUCUCUUUGUUUUAUUUCUCCUUGGAUAGUCAUAUUUGCCUCCUUUAAUGGUCUCCUUGAAUGUUCUACUUGAUGAAAACCCUAACAGUUUUACUAAAAGCUAAGUAAACAAUCAUAAUUGUCAUUUUAUAUAACUGGAGGUGUCCGUGAUGCCUUUGACUUUUAUUAAACCGCAUGCUUGAUAUACUCCUGGCAGCGUUUGGUGGCAUAAAUGUGUUCACAUCGUUCUCUUAAUGGAAAAAACUUUUUGCUUCAAAUAAGCUCUCUCCCUCUUUCUCCCCCUCCUAGUCUUCCACGUUUCUCUUUGUACUGCUCUUGAUUUAACUGUAUCUUAUAUUUUUUUCAUUUAUCAGGUGAAGAAAGUAAAGCCUGAUGUACUCCUCGGCUUAUCUGCAGUUGGCGGUCUCUUCUCAAACGAGGUAUUUAAUGCAUACAGAUUACCAACUUGCACCUUUUUCAUAUUUAUUCUGUAUUAUUGUCCUUUCUUUAACUGGAUAGAUUUCCUUGUCACCUUGUACUUAUGACAAUGCAUUCAAUUUUCAAGCUUCAUCAACAGCUGUAAGGUAGACUCAGAAGCAUAGUCUCUGGGAAACUUUCUGAAAGUAAAUGCCUGAGGAGAUUUCCAUGUUAUUCUUCUUAGAAGGGCAAUAGAUGCUGUGAUCAAGCUUUUCAGAUUAUGAUUAGUUGAUUCUCAUUUAAAUGGAGAUUUUUAUUUAGUUCAGUUUCUUCACUGUAAGUUUAUAAGCUUGGCUUAGGAUAAAUGUUUAAGAUGACAUCUGUGGGAGUGUUAACGCUCUUUUUUUUUUGGUUAUUACCAAUUAAGUUCACUUUCGUCCCGUGAGACAACUCUUAAGUAUGGUAUUUUACUCCAUAGUUAAGAGUCAUAAGAGCAAUUCUCCAGACGUUUUAAGUUCAGAUUGUCCUCUGUAUUUAUUUAUUCGCUCUGGGUGUGUUUCCACCUGUUUGAUAAAAAGCUUUCUUACUUCAGCUACCCUCAAAGUCUUCCUGGAAAAAGAUUUCCCAGCUCAAUUUGGCAUCAGUUUAUCUGGCAGCAUGAGUUUUCGUGACAUUCGUUGACUUUUUGGGAGACCCAUCCUGUUUUUUGGUUGGUAGUUUAAAUGCAUUUGUAUACAUAAUUAGACUCUAUGUUCAACAUUAUAUCUCUUAUAACUGUAAGUUGCAUUUGACUUUUCCCGAUUACUACCGAGUUUUUGGGUCAAUUGUUCUUAUGAUUAUAUGAAUGGCCAUAAAUGCUUCUCUUGUAGGUUUUGGAAGCCCUCAAGGACUCAACUUCCACUCGACCAGCAAUUUUCGCAAUGUCAAAUCCAACUAAAAAUGGUUGACUUCAACACUCAAAACUCAUACAAGUAGCAUUUAUUUCUUUUGUUUGAACUUUAGUUCCGACUCUAAUGAUUUUAUGUCUCAGCUGAAUGCACCCCUGAACAGGCCUUUACCAUUUUGGGUGACCAUAUUAUAUUCGCCAGUGGAAGUCCAUUCAAAAACGUGGAUCUCGGUGUGUAAAAAUUUCUUCAGAGAUGAUUUCCUCGCAAACUCUGCCCUAAUGAUGUUCGAAAAUUAUUUCACUACUCUAUGCAUAUAUUUUAUAUUUAAAGCGAUAUAUAUUUCUUCUUUUUUUUGAUAGCAUGUGCCAGACCCCUUGGGUGCAGUCAAUUCAUGAGUUCAUACAGAUAUAAUUGAAUAAUUUGGUCCAAUAUGAUCAAAGUCCGCGGUGUUUUAGGAUUAAUAACACGUCUAACUUUGGUUGAUUUUUCUAAUUUUUUCAUUUUAGAGGAUGGGAAAAUCGGCCACUGCAACCAAGGAAAUAACAUGUAUCUCUUCCCUGGGUGGGUUCAGUGCCUCUAAACCUGAUCCUCAGGCCUCUCUCUAUGUAAUUUACUCUCAAACCUGCUCAUUUCAGGAUCGGCCUCGGCACUCUUCUGUCUGGAGCUCGAAUUAUAUCCGAUGGCAUGCUGCAGGCCGCUGCUGAAUGGUAGUUUGACCUGAACCCGACUCAUCACUGUAUAUAUAUCUAUAUAUGCCAUCAUAUCAUUUUUCUUGACCACCUUCUAUUUAUGGAUGCUAGCCUGGCCGCAUAUAUGAAGGAAGAGGAAGUUCUUCGAGGAGUCAUCUACCCUUCAAUAUCUAGGUUCUCUCUUCUCUCUUUCUCUCUCUUCUCUCUCUUCUCUCUCUCUACUGACAUACUAGUGUAUGCACAGUAUUCGCGACAUCACAAAGGAGGUAGCUGCGGCGGUUGUAAAGGAAGCAGUGGAGGAGGAUUUGGCCGAGGGAUAUCGUAGCAUGGAUGCCCGAGAACUCAAGAGAUUAAGUCAGGUGAAUUGGGGCUUGCUAUAAUAUAUAAGUAAAUAUAUUAUGGCAUAAAUAAUUUUUUUCCCCUUUAUCUCCAUGAAAUUCUCUAAUGCCAAGUGUUCUUGGACUUGAAGGAGGAGAUUGUGAAGUAUGUGCAGAACAACAUGUGGAAUCCAGUGUACCCAACCUUGGUGUACAAGAACGAUUGA